AGCAAAGAGGGCGAGGCAAGAGAAUUAAACGUAUUUGUCUCUUUGCACGCAACCUUACCUGUCAUCUAGCGCCUACACGUGGCGAAUGUUUUUACUGCUUAUUUUGAUUCAUCAUUGAAGACGCGCCACUGUUUUGUUUUUCGAAGAUUCAACAUGGCAAUGCAUGCAAAAGCGACACCACCACAGAUUCCCGACACACGUCGGGAACUCUCGGAGCUGGUCAAGAGGAAACAAGAACUUGCGGAGACGUUGGUGAACUUGGAGAGACAGAUCUAUGCAUUUGAGGGCAGCUACUUGGAAGAUACCCAGAUGUAUGGGAACAUCAUCAGAGGAUGGGACAGAUAUCUCACCAACCAAAAAAAUUCCAACAGCAAGACGGACAGAAGAAACCGAAAGUUCAAGGAGGCAGAGCGUCUGUUCAGCAAGUCCUCCGUCACUUCUGUAGCAGCUGUCUGUGCACUAGGUGGGAUACCAGAUCACAUGAAUGAAAAGCAGAGCGACACGUCCCCAGACCUCCAGAACCAGGAGAAUGAGCCCAGUCAGGAGGACACCGAGGAUGCAGACGGGGCCCUGCAGGACCUCAAACCUCAGAAGGCUGUAUCCUCUUCCUCAGGUAGUCACCAUGGAAGCCACAAGAAGAGGAAGAACAAAAACAGACACAGCCCUUCUGCCAUGUUUGAUUAUGACUUUGAAUUUGACAUGAAAGUGAACAAAAAACCCAGAGUGGAUUAUUCGACUUGAUCAGGUGGCCAGACAGAAAAGGUCUACUGUGAAGCAGAGAGCCCCUCUGAACUUUAACUGUCUUUACGUACAUUGUGUACAUUGCAUGAAACAUUGCCUCUCACCUGCUAUCAGAAAUAUUUAUGUUUCAUGAUUUUCCUGCAGACAAGGUGUGUUAUUGCAUGUUACUCAAGACGCAGGUGGGGGUUGGAUAACACCUUAUUGUAUAGGGUUGAAAAUUCACUAUUUAUUAUGUAACUCCCACCAUUUCUCUCUCCUUGUAUCAAAAAGUUGUUUUACUUCGUAUUAGUCAUUGUGUAGUUUUGUAGCUCUAGAAUAUCCUAGCUUCUUUUUAAUAUUUUGUUUUAUUUUGAGAUUUGUUUUGCAUAAGAUUGUAAUAAAACCUUGAAAUUACAA